AUGGCUGGAUGCUGGAGCUGGAGUAAGAGUAGCCACUUCCCAACUAAGAAACAGAGGGCAGUGAUCGUGAUCCUGGCGUUAGUGAGGGAGCACGCGGCGUACGGAGGCUUCGACAGCGCCGAGGCGGCGGCCUUCGACGCGCUCGGCUACGGCGGCCACGACGCGUUGCUGGGCCUCGACGCGGCGGCCUAUGUGGCGGGCGCCGGGAUGAACGCCUGGGCGAGCACCGGUUCGGCGUCCGUGCUGGCGUUCGACCGCGCCAUGGGGGCGGCGCCGGCGGCUGUGGGGGAGGAGGAGGAGGAGUGCGACGCGUGGAUCGACGCUAUGGACCAGAGCGACGGCGCCGCCGCGGCGCCAGAGGCGCGCCACGCGCCGGCGGCUUCCGUGGGCUUCGACGCCGCCACGGGGUGCUUCACCUUGACGGAGCGAGCGUCGUCGUCGGGCGGCGCGGGGCGCCCCUUCGGCCUACUGUUCCCGAGCACGUCGCCGUCGAGCGCCUCGCUCGAACGCGCGGCGCCGGCGCGCGCCUCGCAGAAGCGGACCUACGAUGCGGUGCCGCAGGCCGUCAGUGCCAAGAGGCCGUGCGGCUCGGGCAGGAAGACCAAGGACCCGCAGAGUCUCGCGGCCAAGAAUCGGAGGGAGCGGAUCAGCGAGCGGCUCCGGACGCUGCAGGAGCUGGUGCCCAACGGCACCAAGGUCGACCUGGUCACCAUGCUCGAGAAGGCCAUCAGCUACGUCAAGUUCCUCCAGUUGCAAGUCAAGGUCCUUGGAACAGACGAGUUCUGGCCGGCGCAGGGAGGAAAAGCGCCGGAGAUCUCCCAGGUGAGGGAGGCGCUCGACGCCAUCUUGUCGUCGGCGUCGCAGAGGGGGCAGCUGAAUUAGCUUGGCGAGAAUGAAGGCAUAGUUCUAGAUCAAACGCAGAAUGAUACGAUAGAAGUUAUUAGUAAUAACGAACCACCUCGAUCGGAGAUAAAUAAGGAGGCAGAUGCAUAAUUGAGUACUACUACAGCUUUGAUCUUGUUCU